GUGAAACUGCACAACCUGUGUCGGCCUGCCUCAUGUCUGUCCUGACCGACAAGGCCAUAGUGAAGAAGGAGCGGCUGUCCGUGGUGGCCGGGAAAGACAAGUACCGUGUCAAUAACAAGCAUGACCGGAAGUACUCCCCAAGGCCUCCCAUCGAAAUCGUGCGUCGGGCGGAGGAGAAGGUGGGGCAGGAGAUGCUCUUCAAGGUGACCAGCGACAACUGUGAGCACUUCGUGAAUGAGCUGCGCUACGGAGUCUCCCGCAGCGACCAGGUCAACGAAGCGGUCGUGGCGGGCAGCAUGAUGGCGGGCGGCAUGAUGGCACUCCGCAUGGCAGUCUGCUAUUUACCUGGUUUGUCAGUAGGCCUGGGCCUGGGCCUGGCCGCUGCAGCCCUCAUCGGGUCCCUGAAGGACACAGGCGAGCAAGCAGGAAGUACAGAGAGGCCAAGGAAUCAUCGCAGCAAGGGCCGAAAGAGAAAUAGGGGCAGGAAAUAUACAAAGACAUCAGUGGGUGCCUCCUACACGUUUCCUACUGAGGAUCCAGCCUCCGGGAAUUGAACCAGGGACCCCUUGGUUCGUGGAUCAACAAUCAACCACUGAGCCACCCAACCAGGCCAUUUAGGCUGCUUUUCAUGGAGCUAUAAAAGCACAGAAAGAUUUCAUUGGGAUAUACGGCCUGGUGUGAAUGCUAUUAAAGACACAGUUGUGCUCUGU